CAAAAUAUAUAAUUUUCGACAAUGUCUGUGGUGAUCGAGACCACAAUAGGCGACAUUACAGUCGACCUCUUUGUCGACGAACGGCCGGUGGCAUGCCUGAACUUUAUGAAACUGUGCAAACUCAAAUACUACAAUUACAAUCUCUUCCAUACCAUCGAACAGGGUUUCAUAGCACAGACCGGUGAUCCGACCGGGGCUGGAGAUGGUGGCAGUUCCAUAUGGGGUGUUGUUGAGGGACAACACAAACGUUUCUUCGAAGGUGAAACUCUGCCAAAGAUUCAUCAUUCUAGUGCUGGUCUCAUCUCCUUGGUCGGAGCCGGCAAACAACUGCUGGGCAGUCAAUUCUUUUUCACGCUGGGUGAUAAUUUAACCUCAUUGGAUGGACAACAUUGUGUCAUUGGCGAAGUGGUGGAAGGGCAUGAGACUUUGAGAAAGUUGAAUGAGGCUAUUGUAGAUGAAAAUUUUAGACCAUACCAAGAUAUACGUAUUACACAUACGGUAAUAUUGGAAGAUCCAUUUCCCGAUCCGAGAGGAUUUAGAGAACCAAGUAGAUCACCUUCACCGUCGGCGGAGAGAAUGCAAAAUGGGCGUAUUGCGGCAGAUGAGGAUAUUGACGACACCGAUGGCAAGACAAUGGAAGAAAUACAAGAAAUGUUGGCCGAACGUGAGGCAAAGGCCAGGGCAACAAUAUUGGAGAUUGUGGGAGAUUUGCCGGAUGCCGAAAUGGCUCCACCUGAAAAUGUUUUAUUCGUUUGUAAAUUGAAUCCCGUGACGACAGAUGAUGAUUUGGAAAUCAUUUUCAGUAGAUUUGGACGAGUCAAAAGUUGUGAAGUAAUAAGAGAUCGGAAGACAGGAGAUUCGCUACAAUAUGCCUUUGUGGAAUUUGAGGAUCAGAAAGCCUGUGAAGCUGCCUAUUUCAAAAUGGAUAAUGUUCUCAUCGAUGACAGACGUAUUCAUGUGGAUUUCUCACAGUCUGUAUCGCGUAUUAAAUGGCGUGGCAAAGGUCGAGGAGUUGAAGGUGAUUCUAAAGGAUUAGAUUUUAAUAAUUUACGGGACAAAGGGCACGAUGAUCGCAAGCCAUUCAAACAAAAGGAAAGACGUUCGCCGCCACGAAGAGACAACAAUAGACAACGUGAACGUAGGCGAACACGUUCUAGGUCGCGUUCUCGUGGUAGAAUGACUUCAGCCGAAAGGCGUAAAGCUAGAGAGGAGCGCCACAGGGAACUGGAAAAACAAAGGCGGUCAAGAUCUCGAUCAAAAUCUAGACACAGAUCACCACCAAGACGGGACAAUCGGAGAUCAAGAUCUCGAUCAAAGUCUAGGCACAGAUCUCCACCAGUACGUGAUAGUCGGAGGGGUGAAAGAGACAGAUCGCCAAUUCGAAGGAACAAUGAUAGACAUUCUCCCAAGAGAAGGCAGGAUGAACGUUAUAAUGACAGAAGGUAUGAUGGUGGACAAAGUAGACACAGAGAUAGACGAGAAUCACCGGCGAGAAACAUUGAUCGAAGGUAUGAUGAUGAUCAACGUAGAGACAGAAGUAGGCGAGAAUCGCCGGUAAGAAACAGUGAUAGAACACAAAAUGGAAAAUCUGUGGAUAAGAAACGAUACGAAUCGCCGGUAAGGAAAAAUUCUCGACGAGAUGUGAGCCCGCAAGAAGAAAGUAAAGAUAUAAGGAAACGUAAAAAGGAGGAUGCCAAGAAGAAAAGUAAGAAAUCGAGAAGAGAUAGUAGCAGCAGUGAAGAAUCCUCCUCUUCUGAAAGUGAAGAGGACUCAUCAUCUUCCUCUAGUGAAAGUGAGAGCUCCUCUUCUUCAUCCGAGGAUGACAGGAGGAAGAAAAAGAAAUCGAAAAAGUCAAAGAAGAAAAAAUCUAAAUCAAAGAAAAGUAAACCAAAAAAACACAAAAAAUAA